GUGGAGGGCGCGGCGCCGCGCGGUGGGCCAGACAGCAUGACGGCGAGACGGUCCGCCGGUGUGGAAUCCUCUGCCCCAGCUGCUGGUGGGACGCUAUGGAAGGGGCGGCUGCGCUCUCACCGUGCGACCCCUCAAAGUUUGCCCAUGCCGAAACUCCCUUUCAGUUCCAAGAACCAAGAGGAGAAAAAUGAGGUCCGAACAUUAAAGAAGAAGGCUGUCCCCAAGAAGACUGGGAAAGGCCGCAAAGCUGGAGCUGCGCGGCAGCCAAGGGCUCUUCGAUGCCAGUUGCUGCAGCAAAGGGGGAGGGAUCCAGAGCAUCCAAUUAUGAUUGAGGAUGAAGUAAACGAGGAAUAUAAGGUAAGGGAUGAUCAAUCAGCAAUGAUGCCUCUGCGCAGAUCUCUACGGUUCCAUCAAGAAGAUAAGAGUUUUGGCAAGCCGUUACUGCCACCAAAUUGUCAGGAGACAUCUCAUAACAGAAAGGCUCAAAAUUCUAUUAGGAAAGACAAAAAUCAAGUGGAUCUGAAAAGGAAUAGGAAAAAUGCUGGAUUGAAGCCUUUGGAAGGGAUGAAAAGCUACAAUAAGCCCCAUCAACUUUGUAAAGAUCCCCAAGAUAUUCUUACUAGGAAAAAGGUUACAGAUGUACCUCGCAUGAAGAGUGAGAAGCAAGAAGUAAGGCCCAGUCAUUCUGUGGUGAUGACAGGAAAGAGGAAGAGAGGCACUGAAGGGAGGUCGUCACAAAAGAGGCGAAGUUACAAGGAACCUAAAUCAUUGCCUGCAUAUUGCCAAGAAAAUGAACCUAGCAAUGAACCUAAAAAGGCCAUCCACAAAAAGAUUGAAAAGGACCCUUCUAUUGUGGCGAAGCCUAAAGCUGGUCAUGGGAGGUUGAUAAACAUUGAUGAGCCAAGUGGGACUGAAAGAGAAGGAAUGGAAAAUUUUUGUGGUGCAGACGAUUGGACAGAAGAGCAGGACAUGGCAUUGCGUAAAGCUUAUUUCACUGCACGACCAUCCCCACAUUUCUGGAAGAGAGUCUCAAAAUUGGUGCCAGGGAGAUCUGCCAAAGACUGCUUCAACAGAAUUCAUGCUGACCUCUCAACACCCACUCCCAUUGCCCCACGUCCCAGAACAAGUGAAACGACAUUUUCUCCUAUAGGAAAUUUCUCAUUGUCUGAUCCAAAACUUCCAAAUCUCUUGGAAUCGACAGUCGGAAGGCAAAGGACAGCUAAACAGAAGAGCCUAGCAACUCAGAAGACAGUGAGGCAUUUGUUGCAGAAGCAUUGCCUCAUCGACCAAGCUCAAGAGGCUGAUCACUUUUCAUUAUUUGAAACCUCACCAAGUGCCUUUCAACUGAACAUACCUUCUGAGUAUUCUCCUCAGACUCCUGAAAGUUAUUUAAAUUCAGUUUCUCUAGGCAAGUGCAGCGGAAGUUUGUCAGCACAAAAGAAACCAUUUUCAACAUUAAGAGCUGAGCGAGCUGAACCGAGCCCAGCAGUUCUGAAGCCCAUCAAGAAUGUUAUCUUACAUGAGAAAUAUGUUGACCAGUUGUCUCGUAGAGAAGGCACAAAAAGGCCUCGCAAAAGGACUCUAGGCUCUAAAGGCGCUGAUUCUGCGACGACUCUUUCUCGGCAGGAAGCUGGUGGUCUGAAGGCUGCAAAAAAUGCUCUCAUCUCAGAAGCAACUGACUUUAUAAGCCAGUUCAAGAAGUUACAAGCCAAUUCCCUUGUGCAAAUUGUUGAAAAUAGAGAGGAUGAUGAUAUUGAAUGUGAUGAUAGUGAUAAUUUCCAUGAUGAUGAUAAAGAAUAAGGAGGUUCUUACAGUAGCUACCAUUAGCAUUUUUUUUUAUCUUCAUUACUAAAGCUGCACUUGGAUAACAUGGCCAAUUGUGCCAAACACUGGCUAGGUAUAUGCAGUCACUGUCAGCCUGUUAUGUUGCAUAUAGUUUUGUGCUUAGCGGCAUAUGAUCCACUAAAGCAACUUGUUUCC